GAGGCCGCGAGGUGGAGAGGAGGGCGCGCGGAUCCCGGCUCUCCGGAUCGCAAACUCCGAGCCAGAGCUCUCCGCGCGCGCCCGAGCCGCUGGCCGCCCGCGCAGCCCGACGCCGGACCGGGGCGCAGCGGGAUCCCUUGCGGGGCGGCGGCGGCGGCGGCCGUCCAUGCGGCUGGCUCGGGGCUGCCGGGCGCCGGGAACCACGCGGGGGCGAGGCGGCCGCCGGCCGCUCCGGGACGCGGACCGCCAGGAGUUGAACGCCACUCCCAUCUGGAGAAGAUUGGCAACAUUUCUGAGGAGCCCUUGCUUUUCCCAAGACCCCCAACAUUAUGGCUUCCCAUUUCAUGGGGUCUCUCAGGGUCCUGGGUUGUCUCCUGCUGCUCGGAUUUCAGCUCGUCUGCUCACAGCCUUCCACUGAACACAGAAAGGUCCCGCAGCGGAUGGCGGCGGCCCAGGGCGGCCCGGAGGACGGCGGCGGCGCCCCGGGCGUGUGGGGCGCCUGGGGGCCCUGGUCCGCCUGCUCGCGCAGCUGCAGCGGCGGCGUGAUGGAGCAGACGCGGCCCUGCCUGCCGGGCUCAUACCGCAGUCGCGGGAGCCGGCAGCCCGGAGCCCCCGCACGUGCCUUCGCAGGCCACGUGGUGUCCGCCGUGCGCACGUCGGUGCCCCUGCACCGGAGCCGCGAGCAGCCGCGCGCCACCGCGGGCCUCGACGCCCGCCGCCAGGGCCCGGUGCUGCGGGGCAGCCGGAACCCACUGGCCCGCGGCCGCGAACCCACAGCAGAAAGAAGGAGCAAGACCCGAGGUCCCAUUGGGCCUGGCAAGUAUGGCUAUGGCAAGGCCCCGUACAUCUUACCACUGCAGACGGACUCUGCGCACUCGCCACAGAGGCUUCGGAGACAGAGGCCCUCGUCCCAGCAUUCCAGGUCCCAGGGGGCGUCAGGUCCUAGCCAUGGCUACAGCCUGCCAGCCCACCGGGGCCCCCAGCAUGGGCCUCUGCACCAGAGUGACAGCAGCCCUCGUUCUGGACUGCAGGCGUCUGAGACCUCUGUCUACCAGCUGCCUUUGACCCACGACCAAGGCUUUCCUGCAACUUCAAGCCUCUUCCACAGCCCAGAAACAAGCAGCAACCACGGCAUGGGGGCCCAGAGGGCAGCCCAGAGCUUCUCCCAGCCUGCCCGGUCUACCGCCAUCUCCUGCAUCGGGGCCUACCGGCAGUAUAAACUCUGCAACACCGACGUGUGUCCAGAAAGCAGCAGAAGUAUCCGGGAAGUGCAGUGUGCAUCCUACAACAACAAGCCGUUCAUGGGCCGCUUUUAUGAAUGGGAACCCUUUGCAGAAGUAAAGGGCAAUCGGAAGUGUGAGUUGAACUGCCAGGCGAUGGGCUACCGCUUCUACGUGCGGCAAGCUGAGAAGGUCAUCGAUGGCACACCCUGCGACCAAAACGGCACAGCCAUCUGCGUGUCCGGGCAGUGCAAGAGCAUUGGCUGUGAUGACUACCUAGGCUCCGACAAGGUCGUGGACAAAUGCGGGGUGUGUGGAGGAGAUAACACGGGCUGUCAGGUUGUGUCCGGCGUGUUUAAGCAUGCCUUCACCAGCCUGGGCUACCACCGAGUUGUUGAGAUUCCCCAAGGAGCCACGAAAAUCAACAUCACCGAGAUGUACAAGAGCAACAACUAUUUGGCCUUGCGAAGUCGUUCUGGCCGUUCCAUCAUCAACGGGAACUGGGCAAUUGACCGGCCCGGGAAGUACGAGGGCGGAGGGACGAUGUUCACCUACAAGCGUCCCAACGAGAUCUCCAGCACCGCCGGGGAGUCCUUUUUGGCUGAAGGCCCCACUAACGAGAUCUUGGAUGUCUAUAUGAUACACCAGCAGCCUAACCCAGGGGUCCACUACGAGUACGUCAUCAUGGGGGCCAACACCAUCAGCCCGCAGGUGCCCCCUCACAGGAGACCAGGCGAGCCCUUCAACGGGCAGCUGGUAACAGAAGGGAGAAGCCAGGACGAGGGAGAAGAGAAAGAGGAGGAGGAGCAGAAGGAAGACCUGCACGGCGGGGCCCCUGAAAUAUUCACCCCGGAAUCAGCACAGACCUUCCCAGUCAGGCAUCCAGAGAGAUUUCCUUCCCGUCGGCCAGACAAUAUGAUGCCACCGCAGCCCGCGCGGCGAAGCCGGGAUCACAACUGGAAGCAGCUAGGAACGACGGAGUGCUCCACCACCUGUGGGAAGGGAUCACAGUACCCUAUUUUUCGCUGUGUGCACAGAAACACUCACGAAGAGGUUCCUGAGAGCUACUGUGACUCCAGCAUGAAGCCGACCCCGGAGGAGGAGCCGUGCAACAUCUUCCCUUGCCCAGCCUUCUGGGACAUCGGGGAGUGGUCUGAGUGCAGCAAAACCUGCGGCCUGGGCAUGCAGCAUCGCCAGGUUCUGUGCCGCCAGGUGUACGCCAACCGCAGCCUGACGGUGCAGCCCUACCGCUGCCAGCACCUAGAGAAGCCCGAGACCACCAGCACCUGCCAGCUCAAGAUCUGCAGCGAGUGGCAGAUCCGGACAGACUGGACCUCGUGCUCAGUGCCCUGUGGAGUGGGACAGAGGACCCGAGACGUGAAAUGUGUGAGCAACAUUGGGGACGUGGUCCACGACGAGGAAUGCAACAUGAAGCUCCGGCCGAACGACAUUGAGAACUGCGACAUGGGGCCCUGCGCCAAGAGCUGGUUCCUCACCGAGUGGAGUGAAAGGUGCUCGGCGGAGUGCGGGGCUGGAGUGCGGACACGGUCGGUGGUGUGCAUGACCAACCAUGUCAGCAGCCUGCCUCUGGAGGGCUGUGGGAACAACCGGCCAGCAGAGGCCACCCCGUGUGACAAUGGGCCCUGCACGGGCAAGGUGGAGUGGUUUGCAGGGAGCUGGAGUCAGUGUUCCAUUGAGUGUGGGAGUGGGACCCAACAGAGGGAGGUGAUUUGUGUUAGGAAAAACACAGACACCUUUGAAGUGCUGGACCCCUAUGAAUGCUCUUUCCUGGAGAGACCUCCCAGCCAGCAAUCCUGCCACCUCAAGCCUUGUGGGGCCAAAUGGUUUAACACAGAAUGGAGCAUGUGCUCCAAGAGCUGCCAGGGUGGCUUCCGGGUCCGGGAAGUGCGCUGUCUGUCAGAUGACAUGACCCUAAGUAACCUCUGUGACCCUCAGUUGAAACCGGAAGAGAAAGAAUCUUGUAACCCUCAGGACUGUGUCCCUGAAGUUGAGGAAACCUGCAAGGACAAAUACUACAACUGCAACGUGGUGGUCCAAGCGCGACUCUGUGUCUACAACUACUACCAGACGGCCUGCUGUGCCUCCUGCACGCGCGCGGCCAACAGGCACCUGGGCUUCCUGGGCAGGAGAUAACCCCGGCACCCCAGCAGCAGGCGGGUCAGGGAGUCUGUAAGCCGUGUGCCUGGCUGGCUGCUCUUCCCCAGGGCUCCCUGGCCAGGGCACUGCCAGCCAACUCGGUCACCUCCUCUGCCUUCAGUAAAGUGUCCACAUGGUGCCCAGGAGCAAAGCCACAGUUGCCCUUUAAGCAUCACUCUAAACUGAAGAUCCCCUCCUUGGGAACCCCGGCACCUGCUAAAGAUGCUGUGCAAACCAGGUAGUGGGGAAUGCAGGUAGCUUUCAGCCCACCCCGUCCAGGCACUUUCCACGGCAGCAGCUGCACCCCUGACCAGGCGCUGCCUCGUCCCUGGUGCUACUGGCCUUGCCGAUAUCAGCGCCCCUUGGAGAGCCAGAGGAGGUGCAGCCCCACCACAAGGCCCCCAAGCCUUGCUGAGAUGCCUGCAUCCCUCUGGUACCUCAGCCCGGCUGUGCCUGUUUUCAUUCUCAAAGACAUGAGGCUGUUUUCCUGCCUUAUGACACAGAUAUCUCACGUCAAUAUAGUGCUUUAUUGUUCUGCAGUUGUAUUCAGAUAUUAGCACAUUAGCAGCUCACAACGCCCAAGGAUGGGAGGCAAGGAGCGAAUCCAUAUCCCCGUUUCACUGACAAGGAAACUUGAGACUCAACUUAGGUAACUGAUCGGCCAGAUAAAGUCACCCACUCAGUGGCAGAGCUGAGUCAGACCCCGAUUGUCUGACCCCAAAACCCUCACCCAAGGCCCGUCCAAAUGUCUUGGGUCCGCAGGAUACAGUUUCAUAUCAGACGAAGAAACUGGGAAGUUUCCCAUUCAGCAAACAAGGCCCAGGCCUUUGAUUUCUUUCUUGAAGCCAAAGGUCAAAAUUCUUAAUUCCCUGCACUCAGUUGUUUCAGAAAUCUGUCUCUAUUUAUUCCUUCCCCUUCAAAGUCACAGAUCCUGGUUACUGGGCUCUGCAGGUUUUGUUAAACCCCAUCCUUAACAGAACUGUCCCAGGACACAAGAAAGCCACUGGGAAAGCAAGGAUUGCCUGGACCUCAGUUCCACUCCCCCGAGAUCUGUGCCUCCCACCAAAUCCCACAUCAGGGUCCCUUUGGCCACAGAGCCUUUCGUAUCCCACAGCAGGCUUCCGGAGCACUGCUCCUUCCUUGGCCAUCUCUCCUGGGCUGCUCACUACACUUCGCCCAUGGAAAGUCUAACCAACCCGUCCCAGCAAAAACCCUACGCUUAUAUUCAAAAGAGGCUCCCUUCGUCUUUCUGGUUUGAUCAGGGAUUUCCCUCUGUGGCUUGGGCAUCUCCCACAUCACCCCCUCCCAGACGUGAGCACUAAGAUCUGUAUUAAUGCAGCCAGCCUGGACAGUGGGCUGCAGUGAUGGCCGCAGAGCCAGUCUUCCCUGACGCCUGCCACCUAACUCUGUAGUUCCAGAGGCCGCUGGCUGCGUAUUGAAAGACGAGCUCUCUGAAAAACCAAUUAAGAAGAAGGAUAUAUAUAUACACACUUUCUUCUUUCAUCCAUUAAGAAAAAUAUCGGGCUGAACAAACUAUAAGCUAACAGAAAAUGCAUCUUCUGUAGUACUGUGGCACGGGCCUGUUUCCCUUUUAAAGCCAGCCUGCACUCUUAGCACCUGAGCUCCGCCCAUGAGCCCUUUCACCCCAUCAGCUGAUGAGCACUGGCAGCUUUGGAAGCGGUGUCACCAGCCCAGGCUGACACACUUGUUCGGUGCUCUCAGAAAUCCUCUUUGGCCUUUCUGUGGGUGUCCUCUCUUCCUGGAGAACCCCAGCCCAUUUCCCGAAAGCACCCUCGUCUCUCCUGAGCCGACGUAACACAUGCAAGGCACAGCCAGGCAGAGGCCCACGCCCACCAAGCGGGGAAGGACGAGAGGAGCCAUCGUUUGAGUGGUCGCCGUCCAGCACCCUGUCUGUCCCUCUCACCGCUUGCUUUUGCUCCUUGUCACAGCAGAGAUUUUUCCUUUAUGCAGCAGCUCUCAGAUCUUGCUGAACAAGCCAGUCAUUUAAAGGAUUACUUGGAAGAGGCUUUCUUUACAUGCUGAAGGGCAGAGCAGGAUCAACGGGUGGGAAAGCAGAAAGGCUGAUUGCAGCUCAAAUUAAGGCAAAACCCUGUAGCCGGCCAAGCCACCCAGCAGAGGCCCGGGCACACGCAGGAGUGGGCUCCCCAGCUGAGGGGCCCCUCCCGCGGGGGAGGUGAGCGGCCGGUCCUUCCACCUCAGGAUCCUCAUGACCGAGCCGGGUCAGUGAUGGCUCUGGCAUCUCGUUGCGGUCCUGCGGCUCCCAAAGGUGACCCAUCACCUCUUUAGAAGGACAGUGAUUCUCCCAGGAGAGUGGCCAUCCUUCCAGUUACAGAGUUGAGGAGGAGCAAAUGGACCAACUCCAUGUCUUCAGGGGGAAAUACAAGGGGCCUUUUUUCUCUUCCAACAAACGUUGAGUUACUGGAAUUGAUUCUUCUCUGGAAAGGUUAUGAAUUACUGCAGCAGGGAUUUUAUCAACUUAUUCAUCUUAGAAAUCCAAUUUUUACUAAUUUCCUAGUUUCUUAUAUCAACAUUGAAAUGCCGUUGCCCUUAGCACAACGCAGACGAUAAGGUCCCAUAGUAUUUCCCGUGAGAUGGUUCCUGGGGAAGGAGUCUAAGAAAAGCUCGCCUUUGGGUGACUGUCUCCCUCCACAUGUGUCUCUGUCUCCCUUCCAAGCACCUGAUUAUCUCACGCUCUCCUUUCCAUUAUCUGCCUUCCCUUCUCCAUCUUCUCUGUGUCCCCUUGACUGGCCUUCAUGCAGAAUUGAAAUUUACAUUUUAAUACUGCUUCUGGGUUUUUUUCUGUGCACUGAAUUGCCUCAUUCCCUGAUCUGAAAGCUAAAAUUAGAUGAAUUAAAGCUGUUAUAUGUUUUCCUUACAAAAAUUAACAAAGCUCCAAACAGAAAUCGUUUGCUUUUUCCCUUUCACCUCCCAGAAAAGGGAAGUGUGUCCCUUGCAGCCUAGGCAAAGGCACGCAAUGCAGUAGAUCCCUCCCGGCCUAGUGGUGACUUGCAUUUCUCCUCGCAGGAAAGGAAUAGGGCAAGAAAUACAACCCUAAAAUGAGUUUGCAAACCUGGCCCUAGGUAGUGGCAGUUCAGGUCAUUAAGGCCUGCUCAGGGCCUGCAGCACGCAUGUGCACGGCGACGGGACGCAGAUGAGCAAGGCGCGUCCCCACCUUCAGGAAGCUGCAGUGUGGCGGGAGCACCGGAGCUGACCCACCUGUCCCCUUGCCUUACUUCUCUGGCCCACGGUUCUUGGAGUUUUCUUUUUUCUUUAUUUCUUUGAGUAUGUAUCAUCUAAUAUCCCCAAAGUGUUUAUGAGUCAACACUUUUUUCUUUUUAAAAAAAAUGGCUUUACAGAGGGAUGAAAAAUGGGAGACAUCAGUUAGAUUUAUUUUCACCAAGUUGUGUGGCAGAGAGAGAAAUCCAGAUAUUACUAAUACAUUUCCAAGCCAGAGUCUCUUUUUUAUUUAAUACAGCCGCUUUAGAGUGUGAGUAUCAGUUUUCUAGUAUGGAAGAUGUGGAUAAAACUGGUAAAAAAAGAAACACGAUUUUCCUUAAAACUGGCUAAAUAACCAAAACCUGAAGACACCUAUAUCAGCCUGGCAGGUGGAGGCCACCGUUUGGCCCUUGCCAUAUAAAACAUUUUUAAUAUGACUUAGGUGGGAAAAUAGAUGCCUUACUGAUGAAAUUUGUGGAUGACAUUAAGUUGGAAAGAGAACAGCGUGGGUGACAAGUUCUGGAUCCAAAAAGACCUGAGAGUCUAGAACAAAAUCUUGAUCUUAGAAAUGUAACAGGAAACAACAUAAAGUCUACUUUUAGUUUUAAAAAAACUCUGCAAGUACAAAGUUGGGGAGAUAUAAGAGUUUCAGUUAAUCAAGCUCAAUGUAAGUCAAGAAAGUAGGAUGAAACCAACCCCCCCCAAAAAGAAGACAUUUAGGUACAUAAAGAGAAAACAAGAAAACAUUGGUAAGAGUCAUACCAUACAGUGUUUGUGGUUAUGGAAACCACACUUUAAAAAGAAUAUUGGUAACAUACAACAUUCAGACGAGCAUGCCCCUCCCUGAUGAGGGGUGCACACUGUCAGAGAGGGUGGAAAGGACUUCAUGAGAAUGUUUAGCCUGGAGAAGAGGACACUUAAGCUAACACUACAAGAACCGUGGUAGGACUCGGAGGUGAAAGCUACCUGGAGGCAAAGUCUAGUCCUUGGAGAAUGAACUCUCCACACGCAUUUUGAAGGUAGAGGCCGCUCCCGUCACCAGCGGUCUCAGCAGAGGCUGAAUGACCAUUGGCCAGGAUGUUGGAGAGAGGAGUCAAGCACCCGGCCGGGACAGCUGUCCCUUAAGGUCCUUUCCAAGUCUAGGCUUGGGUGACUCUAAGUAGAGCGGUGCUAAGUGAUUUGCCCGCUCUGGGAAGGCAGGUACACGGCACAUACACUUCCCAUUUCCGGGUCCGCCCUCCCCUGAGCUGAGUGUGGCCUCCCUCAGGCCUCAGAGAACCACCAGCAAACUGAUCAGAGGUGCUCCGUGGGGUCCUGCUUCAUAGAUGAGAAGCCAAACAUCCCAGGGGCUAAUUCCCUGCCCGGGUCACACCCCUUCAUAGGGACAGAGCCCCGACUAGACUGAGACCUUCUAAAUACCAUCUCUCUUUCUCAACUCACUUUGCUUUCCUGCACCUUGGCUGAGCAAAGUAAUCUCUCCACCCUGAACCAUCCCACGCUCGCUGAGUAAUAAGGGAGACUUCCAUCGUGCUAAGGAAAAGUGAUCACAAGAACAGGGAAACUUCAGCCAACUUUCUCAACGUCUUCCAGACAUCGAGCCCUUUGUUUGCGUUAGUGAGAGGAAAGCGUUCUGUUACAUAAACUAAUUGCCACCAGCCGUGACCCCCAGAACCCCCUCCACCCUGCCAUUCAGUUUGACAGAAGGAUAUACUUUGUUAUAACUUAUUAUUUUGUUCUUUGUAAAUACAAGAUGUUUAUAGGAAAUGUGUAUUCUGAACUCUAUCAGCACAAUGAGUCACUACACCAAAAUAGUUCUAUUAUUUAGAAUAUGUUAAUGUUAAAGGGACCUAAUAGGUAUUUAUUUACAUAUGCAAUCCACAAUUGUGUGAAAUCAUUUGAUCCUAGUAAUCCAACUUCCUGGGAAAGUUGCUAUACAAUGUCUUAUUCUAAGUCCGUAGUUACAAUUUAGUAAAUUGACUAGUCAAAUUCCUUGGGUUUUAAGAUCAAAUAUAAAAUUACUCUACUUUUUGACUGUUAGGGGCCUUUACCCCUGGCACUGUACCUGAAAUGACUCUGGAUUAUCAUCUUUCCAUCUUAAAUAUUAUAUUCGCUCAUAUGAUCUGCCUUCUCCUACCCCCAAACAUUCAGAGAUGGAAGUCUGAGGGUGUUUUUAAUCUCUUCUGUUUUGCCUCCUCCAUCGAAACCACCAGCAGUAAGUUACCUGGCGGGUCGGAGCUGUGAGUGAGGCGGGUCUGCAGGCAUCAGGGAGGUGUGGGUGGGAAGAUGGCACGUGAAGGGUUGGGACUCUUUUGCUGCUCUGACCACACCUCCUGGGCCCCCCCGGGACUGCUGACAUGAGGGCUCUGAUGGUCCUGUCAACCAAGGGUAACCACCUUGUUAAAUGCCUGUCAACUCCAUGUCACCUUUGUAGUGUUAAAUUAUUGUUUAAGGAGGUAGAGGGUGGGUGGUGAAUUAUAUGAGUAAAUACAGCCUGUUUUCUCUUCAGCAAAAAUGACAACUAUUUUUGUGUAUGACUAAUUUAUUUUUAUUGUAAAAAUACAAUAAACUGGUUAAACGAUCA